AUGAGUUUGAAAUUUGACAUUUAUUUAUUUGGUGUAUUAUUAAAGGUUGUCCAAGGUAGCACUAUAUAUCUGCGCGUGCCUGGCGUCCUUCAGUCCGGCAGCAAGGAGAGCUUCAUGUUGCUGCUAGACUUCGCUGAGGAGAGAUUAGCCUGCAACAACUGCAUCAUCUGCGUUCUGAAAACUCGUCCCGAUCGAGCAACGCUUCUACGCACUUUCAUGUUCAUGGGUUUCCAGGUUCUACCACCCAACUCACCCGUAAUGCAAGAAAUUAAUAAUCCAGACUAUAUAUUUUUGCACUACAACAUGCAGUAAACAUAAAAAAAUCCGUAGAUGUAUCUGUGUAUUACACGAUAUAAGACGUAAAAUAAAUGUCUUAUACAUUUGUCUUAUUUCGACAAAUUUGUACUAUAAAAAUACUUUUUACUACACAUAUAUGUCUAACGGAUUUUGACAUUGAACAUUUAGAUCUGUAAAGGGCUAACCAACUGUCCCCUUCAGUCGCCAGAUGUGUCUAAGAGAAGGUCUUGUUUUUCUAAUUCUUAUAAUAAUCUCGCAAGGCUUUGUAAAGCACCAACAAGUUAGAUAUGUAGUAGUAUUUUAGAUUAUAAAUAUUAUUGUAGAAGUAUGUUUUGUGACCCUACUUGAAACUUGCAUUUUUUUUUAAUGAAAAAUAUUGUCUACUUAUAUAGUAAUAAAUAGACCAGCUUAAUGAUUUUUAUUCUUAAAAUUUACUUUUUUAAUGAAAAAUUCAAAUAUAUAGUCUUUUUUAUUACAUUGAUUUGCAAAUAUGGUCACAAAAUUUAUAAGUGUAUUUCAUUUCUACAGUCUUAACUUUGAAAUUUAAGCGCUUUCUUACACAAAAAGCUUAUUUUAUCAACUCUGUAAUGAUAGUUAUACAUUCAAGUUAAUUCUUAUUUACUAUUAGUAUUAAUAAACAGUGUAUGUCGUCGUGUAUAUUAUUCACCCACUCCGGGAUAGAGC